AUGGAAGGGUGGGAGUGGGAAGGUGCUUCAGGAGAAUUGAGCGACGAGGAGAUUUGCUUGGAAGACAACGAUGACAACGAAGAACUUCUGAACCUCAGUGGUCAUUCAAAGAAGCUUCAGUUCAGGAGUGAUACUUCGAAGGCCAUAUGGAACGAGGAGUUAGGAAUGGCUGAGGUGAUAGUAAAGAGAGGCAAAAUGUGGAUUACAGUGGGUAUUGUGCGAGGUGGCAAGACAUAUUGCUCAAUUGAGGAGACUAUAUUUUUGGCUGAGGUUGGGGCAUUACAUCUCAUGGACACUACCAAUGUACAAUUCUCCUUGCAACACAUGUACGAGAAGAUUGCAGAAGAGAAGAAUGGUUGCGGCUGGGAGCUUUUUGAGGUUUAUAGGCACUUGAAGUCUCUUGGUUACAUCGUUGGCCGCCAUGGUGUUCCUUGGACCAUGAAGGGUGUAAAGAGCGAGAGCAACUCCAGCUCUUCUCAAGCCACUCUAGACCACAACAACAGCAACAAUGCAGUUGUGGAUGGCGAAUCGAAAGAUGUAGGCUCGAUCACUGAAUCGCUUGGUAAUUUGCAGAUUGAUGGGAUGAAACCCGCCUUCGAUGUUUACCUUCCAAACAGCAAGUUCAGGAAGUCUUCACCUGGUCAACCCAACUUCCUCCUCUGCUUAAUCAGGGACAACAUGCCGCCGUCUAGAGUGAAGAUCGAAGCGCUGGAGAGUCUGUGUGGUGGGAUUCCUGUGAAGUUCUGCCAUGUAGAGCAUGGCCGCGUCAGCUUUUUCAGCAUGAAGAACGCUGAGCUUCCAUUUCACGGCUCGACGGCACAGCAACAGCCGAGAAUCAAAGCAGCGUACUGGUACUCCGGCAGCGGCUAUCCAGUCGCCGAAAUAGACUCAUCUCUCUUCACCCACCUCGUCUGCGGAUUCGCCACCGUCAACUCCUCCACCUUCCAGCUCUCCACCUUACCGUCCGACUCCAUGUCCUUCACCGCCAUCGUCCGCCGCCGCAACCCCGCCGUCACGACCCUCCUCUCCGUCUGGAACGGCGAGCAACAGACCGCCCGAGCCAUCGCCGGAGAAAACGUCGCCGCCGCCGACUCCCUCCUCUCCGCCGUGGCUUCCACCCCUUCCCGCCGGAAUUCCUUCAUCGAGUCCACCAUUCGAGCCGCCAGAAUCCAUGGAUUUCAAGGAAUUGACCUGAACUGGGUCUGGCCCAAUGCCACCGACGCGGCGGCGAUCGAACCCUUACUGGAUGAAUUCAAAUCCGCCAUCGAUUCUGAAUCGGAAAAGUCAAACAAUUCGAAGCUCACCCUGACCAUGGUUGUUCGUCGCUCCCCGAAUUUUGGAUCCCUCAGCUACCCAGUUCAAUCCAUGGCCAGGAAUUUGGAUUGGGCGCAUCUCUUAGCAUUCGAUUACCACCUACCGACCAGAGAAAAUUUCACGGCGAACCACGCCGCCUUGUUCAACCCAUCCGGUGAUCGAAAUGACUCAACAGAUGCCGGAGUGAGGGAGUGGAUUCGGGUCGGGUUUCCGGCGACCAAACUGGUUCUGGGAUUGGCGUACCAUGGCUACGGCUGGAAGUUGGCGAAUCCGGGGGAUAACUAUCUGGGAGCUCCGGCGACGGGACCAGCUGUGACGAUCGCCGGCGAUAUGGGGUACAAGCAUAUCAAGUCUUUUAUUCAGAACUAUGGAUUUGGAGCUAGAGCGACGUAUAACUCAACUUACGUUGUGAAUUACUUCGUCGUGGGUUCGAAUUGGAUCAAUUUCGAUGGGGUGGAAGCAAUCGGAGCGAAAGUUUCUUACGCCGUGGAAAUGGGACUCGCUGGUUUUAUUGCCUUCCAGCUUAGCAAUGACGAUAAUUGGGAGCUCUCUCGUGCAGCUCAGUUGACGGACAUGGAAGGAAGUCAAAACAGGCGGCAGCUGCUGCUGAAAGUCUUGCUCCCAAUUGCGGCGGCCAUCACUCUAUCCGCCAUUGUUCUUUGGUACGCUCGAAAAAGAGUAUUGAAGAAGCAGAAAUGGUCCAUGUUCCAUGGCUUCACCAGAAGCUACAACAACAGUCCAGGUCAAGCCAAAGCCUCCCGUUCCUCUUCGCCUGCGUUCUUCGGCAGCAGAGAGCCUCCAAAUCUGCAGGCAUUCACCUUCUCCGACAUCAAAGCCGCCACAAACAACUUCUCCACCGAGAACUUGCUUGGAUCAGGCGGGUUUGGCCCUGUCUACAAGGGCGUGUUGCCUGGAGGGGAGGAAAUAGCAGUGAAGAGGCUUUCAGAAUCAUCGACUCAGGGGAUUGUGGAGUUCAGGAACGAGGUUUCUCUCACUGCGAGGCUUCAGCACGUGAAUUUGGUCAGGGUGGUGGGAUUCUGCACUGAGAAGGAAGAGAAGAUGUUGGUCUACGAGUUCAUGCCCAAUAGAAGCUUGGACUUCUACUUAUUCGAUCCUGUGAGGAGGUUAAAGUUGGAUUGGAACAAGAGGGUUGCCAUCAUCGAAGGAGUGACUCAAGGACUCCUGUACCUCCAAGAGUACUCGAAUUUUACAAUUAUUCAUCGAGAUCUAAAGGCUAGCAACAUUCUGCUGGAUGAUGGGAUGAAUCCGAAGAUCUCGGAUUUUGGGAUGGCCAGGCUCUUCAGGAAAGAUUUGGAUGAGGCCAACACUAGCAGAAUCGUGGGAACAUAUGGAUAUGUUCCUCCCGAAUACGUGAAAAGAGGGAUAUACUCGAUGAAAUACGAUGUUUAUAGCUUCGGGGUCGUGCUCCUACAGAUCAUUAGCGGCAAAAGGACCCAAUUCUACUAUGGUUCAAAUGAAGACCUACACCUCUUAGAACAUGCAUACGAAUCUUGGAGAAAUGGUGAAGGAAUGGAAUUUUUUGACUCAGCAUUGGACGAUUCAUCAUCGCACUGUAAGUUGAUGACAUGUCUACAAUUAGGAUUGUUGUGUGUUCAAGAAAAUCCGGACGAUAGACCAACAAUGCUGGAAGUGUCCUCUGUUCUGAGAAUUGGGGCUCUGGGAAUGGCUACACCAGAAAGGCCUGCAUUUUCGACCAAAAAGGAAAACAGAGAAGAAAUGGAAUUUGGUACUUCUAGAUCCCAACAACAAGUAUGUUCGUUUAAUGAGGAUGAUCUCUCUCAAGUGGAACCUCGUUGA